AAAGAUCCUAGCGAGGGCCAUAGGAGUGCAGGGGGUCUAGGAGAUUAGUGAGCAGCAGAGUAAGCUAGUAGGGUGGUUUGCAGAGUGAUCCGCUGCCGAAAUGGCCACCAAAGUAGUGGAUCUGAUCUACUGGCGAGACGUGGGGAAGACAGGGCUGGUGUUCACAGGGCUGGUGAUAGGCCUGGCCAGCCUGUUCCAGCUCAGUGCCAUCACCGUGCUGUCCUACCUGUGUAUGGCCAUCAUGUGUCUCACCUUCCCCCUACGCCUCUACUACAAACUCCUAGAGCUGAUACGGAAGAACCCUGAAGGAGUGCACCCCUUCCAGUCUUAUAUAGGAGACGACAGCUCUCUGACAGAUGAGGAGACGGUGUUGGUGGUGGAGGAAGUGGUGCUGAUGAUUGCCUUCGCCGUCACAGAGAUCAAACGCCUGCUCUUCAUAGGCAGCAUCAUGGACUCCAUCAAGUUUGUGUUGCUGCUGUGCGUGUUGGUCUAUGUGGGCAUCACGACCAACGGACUGACCCUGGUGAUAGUUGGUGUCAUCUGUGUUUUCUCUCUUCCUCUAUUCUACAAACAAAUGCAGGGUCGGAUGAAGAGGAUUGGCAAAGCGGUCAACGGCCUCCUGAGGAAAAUCAAAAGCUUGUUUAAGAGGUUGUGCAGUAUGCUGAGACCCUCUACUGCGGCUAAACCUGCUCCAACCACCACCCUGGCCCCGGUGCCAGCCCUGGCCCCAAAACACAAACAAAAGUCAAAGUGAUAAGAAAGAGAAAGGGGGAUCUAUGGGAAAAGAGGGGGGUCAUUCAUAAGUCUUAUCAGACCACCUGGGAUUAGGGGCUGGGAAACUCUGACAAGGGGGGAGGGGUACAAGGACCUCAUGGGGGUGUGACGGGAGGGGGUACAAGGACCUCAUGGGGGUGUGAGUGUUCUUUGGAAGCCUACUGGUGUUUUAUAUUUCCAUUUUCCCAUUGUGGUGUCUGUGAAUGGGAACAAGAUUUCAAAUCCAGUGUUUGGUGUUGGUACACUAAAGAUGUUUACAGACAAAUGUAAUGUUUAUAUGGGAGGGAAUUUUCAGUCAAAUCUAAAAGACAACUAGUUCACCUUGGGGGGGUGGGGUUAUACCACAGAACACUUGCCAUCUUAAGACCACACAGGGUGAAUACUGGCCAUCUGACCACAUGCCUUAUAAUUUACUUUGGAGGUGCACUCAAAGCGUAAGAAUGGGUGAAUGGGUGCAUAUUCAAUGAUUGGUGCUUACUCAAAAGUGUCAUUAAACUGCAUUGUUCCCUUUUUCUUGAUUUUUGCUUAAAUUGUUGAAUAAAUGUUUAGUACAUGUUUGAACCUUCCGAAA